GCAUUUUUAACACCAGGUAAUGACAAUUAGUAACCAUGUGUGGGGUAAUAUUAUCCAGGUAUAAACUGAACUGGAAAGAACAACUAUCAGACAUGAAUUUCAUCCCAUAGUUACAACCUCAAUGAGACAAUCACAUUCAUAAAAUCGCCACGAGAAAUUCUAUAAUCACAGUCAUCGUUCAUCUGGAUUUGGUAAUCGUUUUAUGAUUGAAAUCACGCGGGUACAUGCCAAUCAAAAUUGGAUCUUUAUGCUAAUACCUGGUUUUGAAACAGAACUGAUUGGGGAAACUAAUUUGUGUUAUCUGGAAAGGAUAAAUCAGGUCAGACAAUCAAUCACAACACAGAAAGGUUAAUCACAGAAGCACUAAGAUUCCUUCACAACACAGAAACAGUUCAAUAUGCCAAAAAUAAUUGCCCUUUGGGUGCACGACCACCACUUAAUUGGCAGCUUGAUCUUUGAGUAUAGAGAGUUCAUCCAGCAUUGAAAUUUUUCCUUAGGAAUCAAGAGUGUAAUCUAGGCAUAACCACCAGUUAAAUGCUACAGAAGCUUUGGUGGAAUAAAAGCAACAAAUCACAUAGUUGAAAUCACUUACCAUUCACAUGAUAUCCAGAUAUCAAUCAAAUACCAUUACAACAAGAACAAGGCUUUAUUUUAUUAUCUCACACAAUAACAAAUAUAAUCUAGGAAUUAAGAAGAGUUAGUGAUAGGCAUAAGAAGUGACAGCUCAGUAUUUCAUUAUUCCUACAUCAAGUUACAAGAUUCACAUUCAUUCCGAAAAAUUCUAAGGAGAAAAGGUCAAAAACAACGCGAGUGCACUUCUGUCACAAAGUUUUGGGAAACAUCAACAAUGCAAUUGAAGAUUGGUACCUAUUAUUAUUGUAAUUGGCGGCCAAUCAUUGUGGAUCUUCACAUGACCUGCAUACAAGGCAUUCAAGAGUGUGAAAGUGUACAUAAAACAUUUGUAACCAGCAGGGGUUGUAAUGACAAGCAAUGGUUGUCAGCUGGGUUUUGCAACUCCACAAACAAUCAUGUUUGCCUUUCCCAUAUCUAAUAUCAACAAAAAGGGAUUUCAUGUUAGGCUCUCUUCACAAUCCUCAUGGAUCUCUAAAAAUAACCUCCAGGCUGCUACCUAAUCUCGAAACUGUUACCAUUGAGAGAGAUCUUAGAUCCAUCAACCCAAAUGUUGUCUAGUGAAAUGAGAUCUUAAUUCUUAACACACACAGCUCUGUCUUGGUCCACUGGCUCAUGUCCAGUAAACUGAAAUCCUUACUCCCAAACUUUCAUGCUACACUAUAUUAAAUUUGAAGUGGGUAGCAAAAAGUUCUAUCAUGGAACUAGCAUCAUUUAUGAAAUUUGCAUACUAGGAAAAUACAUAUUGAUAGCAAUGGCUGGUUUAGCACUCGAGCAACAGUGCUGUUCUACCCUAAAAUAUAUACGUUCUUUUAGAUGGUAUAUGGAAAUCCUCAAAUGCAAACUCAUGACCAAUUCACUCAUUUGUUCCCCUAAGUAAUGUUAAAUCAUUUGGACUUUUUAGCAGGUAACAACUUCUUUCAAAGUCCAACCUAGAAAUUGUCCUAAUUUGUCAUUUAUACUAGGGUCUACUUAAAGUUGACAGACCGAAUAUCAUGAGAAUCAUAGCUGGAAUUUUAUUUUGUUAGCAGGGGGCAUAAAUAUGACAUUUGAAUUAUUUCUUUACAAGAAAUAUCAUGUAAUCAACAUGAGCUGCAUUCCCUUGAGCCCUAAAUCUAUUCCCCUCUAUAAAAUGCAAUCACAAAAACCGAUGAAAAAGAAAAGUGUCCCAGUGCACAAGACUCCAGCCCCUAUAGGUUCUAGGGAAGGUUAGAUGUACUUAGAAUUGCUCCCACACGUGGAGUCAUUUCCAUGACUUGAAUCCUUGACACUUAGGUCACAGUGGACCAAUCUUACAUUUCAAAGCCAAUAGAACAAAACAUAAAUACCACAAGUACAACACAAGUGCAAGACAAAGGGAGAGAGUCCAGUGACCCAUAACUAAUCGUCUUAUCUAAUUUGAGGGAAAACAUGAAAAACACAACUUGUACCCUGACUAACGGAAUCCGUGUAUCUAAUAUAGAGAACCAGAGUACCAAACCAACGACAACAUAAGUCUAAACCUAUUUUUUGAAUCUCUCUUGCAUUCCUUUCCAUACCACCACAAAGAUAUUAAGAGGAUUCCCUUUGGUAGACAAUUGCGAUUUAGCUUAGUUUCUGCAAGGCUGAUAUAACCCCAAAAAUACUAGGCCUUUCCUAUCUCUACUUAUCAAUAUAUUACAUAUUGAUUAACACAUACCAACCACAACAUUAGAGAUUUGGGGAAACAAAGUCGUAAAGAUGAAGUUGAAAACCCCCAAAAUUGUCUCUGCCAAAGGUCAAAAUCAUCCUCCUAUAUAUUUAGAAAAAAUCGUUGACAAAUGUAGCAAUGGAAAUAUUCAAAUUUUGGACUCAUUUGAAGGAUUCCGAGGUUUAUCCAUAAGCUUUGUCCACAGAAGGCUCCACUCAGUUAUUUUCCUUCCCUUUCCCGGGAAUAUAUUUCCUCUAUUCACUAUAUUGACGUAUAAACGAACUUAUUCAUCUAACACAACAAGGUUUACUCAGCUAGAUUAUAUUCUAGUUGUCUUAUGUUGCCUUUCCCUGUCUCCACCAUGGUUUCAUAAAGAAGGAUAUAGAGCAAUCUUUCACUAAAGACAGGAGAAGGACUUUUAUCAGCAAUUGCAUCUGUCUCUAUUCAUAAGAUCUUAAGGAUUGCAGUGUAAGAACCAAGCCUUCCGAACUUCCAAAUUUUUUUGAGAAACUUCACAUUGCUCAUCUAGACUCAAUAUCAUGAAGACUAUCAUUUUAAUUCUUGGGCACAGUAAUGUUUAGUAUUGUAAUUAGACAUCUCCAGUUAUAAAAUCAUCCGGAUAGCCGCAGACAAGUGAUGUGAUAAUAGAUUCCAUAAACAAACAAGUUGUGAACUUAAUCAUAUAAAAAGGGGGCCAAUAUCUAUCUAAUAUUAUAGCGAAGUUGAAUUUUCAUCUUAU